CAUUAUGAAGAGGAUAUGGUUGUAUGCGCUUCUUCUUCUGCUACUCUUCAACAAUGGAGCAUCACAUAUUGUCAAGACACUUCCGGGUUAUUCGGGUACUUUGCCGUUCAAACUCGAAACCGGAUACAUUGGUGUGGGAAGAAAUGAUGAAGUGCAACUAUUCUACUAUUUCAUUGAGUCUGAAAACAAUCCUCAAAAUGACCCUCUUUUGCUUUGGAUCACUGGUGGACCUGGUUGCUCUGGUUUAUCAUCCCUCGUUUAUGAAAUUGGUCCAUUUACUUUUGACGUUACAAAUUUUGAUGGAAACAUACCCGCUAUUCUCCUGAAUCCAUAUUCAUGGACCAAGGUUGCCAAUAUUAUAUUCAUAGAUUGGCCAGCUGGUACUGGAUUUUCAUAUGCAAACACUUCAGAAGGUUACUCUAAUUCGGACACCAAAUCAGUGAAAGAUAAUUACACAUUUCUUAGGAAGUGGUUAUUGAGCCAUCCUUUGUUUAUCAAAAAUCGUUUAUAUCUUGCGGGUGAAUCCUAUGGAGCCAAACUUGUUCCCCUCGUUGCCAUGGAAAUAUUACGAGGAAACAAACAAGGACUAGAGCCACAGAUGUCCCUCCAUGGCUAUAUCAUCGGCAAUGCACUAACGGAUCCAAACAUUGAUAUUAAUGAACGAAUUCCAUAUGUUCAUCGCAUGUCGCUUAUAUCAGAUGAAUAUUUUGAUUUGGCAAAAAUCAGUUGUAAAGGAAAAUAUUACAAUCCUGAUCAAAAUAAUCUGCAAUGUCUUCAUGUCCUUCAACGGAUCCACAAGUGUAUACAACAUAUCAACCUAGUUCACAUAUUGGAACCAUUUUGUGAAGCAGACGAUUUGGAAUGGGAUCAUACAUUUCUGCAAAACGAUUCAAUUGAUCACCUCCUCCUCCCAGCAUCUAAACAAGAUAAACAGUGGUGUCGUACUCAAAAUUAUUUAUCAUCUAGAGAUUGGGCAAAUGAUCUGAUUGUCCAAGAAGCUCUUCAUAUUAGAAAGGGAAUGAUAACAAGGUGGAAAAGGUGCAAUCUUAGCUUAUCCUAUGAACAGAAUAUAGAAAGUGUUCUUGAAUAUCAUAAAAGAUUCAUCAAGAAAGGAUUCCAUGUUUUGGUGUUCAGCGGUGAUCAUGACAUGGCUGGACCAUAUAUGGGUACUUUAAAAUGGAUUCGGAUGCUUAAUCUCACUGUUGAUGAUGAUUGGAGACCUUGGCAUAUUAAUGGCCAAGUCGCGGGAUACACAGAGAAGUACUUGAAGAAUGACUUCUUCCUCACAUUUGCAACAAUCAAGGGAGCGGGACAUACGGCACCAGAGUACAAGCCUCAAGAAUGUCAUGCAAUGUUUUGCCGGUGGCUCUCUACCCGUCCUUUAUAGGUAUGGGUAGACAGUUAUGUUUUGGGGGUUCAUUUAUUAAAACUAUUUAGCAUAAUACUCUUAUUAAAUAUUGUGUCUAUGUCCCCCAAUACCUCUGUCCAAUUGCAAAUUUUACAUUUGCGUUCAUUAAAAUGUGUUUCGUACAAUUUUAUCCCCCCAUUAGGGAAAUAAAGUUGUUCAAAAAUUCGCUUUUGGUGUGUUGUUAGAUAUUGGUACUAGUGUACGGAUGGAUUGUAUACGCCUUUUUGUUUUGAUUGUGGUUUAGUAAUGUGAUAA